GACGCAAAGAUGCAGAUCUUCGUGAAGACGCUGACGGGGAAGACAAUCACGCUCGAGGUUGAGAGCAGCGACACCAUUGACAACGUCAAGGCUAAGAUCCAGGACAAGGAAGGCAUCCCUCCGGACCAGCAGCGUCUCAUCUUCGCAGGAAAGCAGCUCGAGGAUGGCCGAACCCUGGCCGACUACAACAUCCAAAAAGAGUCCACGCUUCACCUGGUGCUGCGCCUCCGCGGCGGAAGCAGAGGCGGCUACCCCAAGAACCUUGAGCCCAAUCUCCGAAUCCUUGCUCAAAAAUACAAUGAGAACAAGAUGGUCUGCCGCAAGUGUUACGCACGCCUUCCCUCUAGGGCUGUGAAUUGCCGCAAGAAGAAGUGUGGACAUAGCAAUGAGCUGAGGCCCAAGACAAAAUUUAUGUCGAAAUUUGCGACAGACUAAGCAUUGGAAAGGAGCAGAUGGGAGGAAUCAACCGACUUAG